CGUUUUGACAUAAUCAACUGACGAAAGCGUGGUCAGAUCGGGAUUUCGAUUUUGAACAGACCAUCAAGACGCUAAGCUGGCAAAAGAGCUUUGAGACUGAGUCCUUCCCGCCCGAGGAUAGAAUGUGAAUCAAUAAUGAAUGCGCCUAGGAACUACGAUUCUGAAGAGGCGUAGUUCCCCUCUUUCGUUUGCUUCCGGUUCAUGGAAGAUGGGGUAAGGCUCGGGCAAGGACAAGUGAAGGAAGCGCAGCAACGAUGACUGAUUUUCUGAGACUUUCGCGCAAAAACAGAGAUAAGAAAAGAAGAAAAAAAACAAAAACCAACCCAAAGAAAUAUUCCACGUCUUCCCCCUCAAAGAAUUGAAAGACUGGUAGAGAGAGUUCACAAGUUGUUGUGGAAGAAAGAAAGACCAUUCUUAUACUCGAUACUUCCCUCCAUUAUUCUAGUCCUCACCUGCUCUCAAAAUUGGCAUUUCUUUCGGAUAUAAGAAUAAAUUAACAUAUUGAAAAAAAGAAUAGAGAAAUGGGGCGUAUUCCAUGCUGUGAGAAGGACAACGUGAAAAGAGGACAGUGGACACCUGAGGAAGAUAACAAGCUCUCCUCCUACAUUGCUCAACAUGGCACUCGCAACUGGCGUCUCAUCCCCAAGAAUGCUGGCCUCCAGAGAUGUGGAAAGAGCUGCAGGCUAAGGUGGACUAAUUACCUUCGUCCUGAUUUUAAACAUGGUCAAUUCUCGGAUUCAGAAGAGCAAACCAUUGUGAAGCUUCAUUCAGUUUUUGGUAACAGAUGGUCACUGAUAGCAGCCCAGCUGCCAGGACGCACUGACAAUGAUGUCAAAAACCACUGGAACACCAAGCUGAAAAAGAAACUGUCAGGCAUGGGUAUAGACCCUGUCACCCACAAGCCAUUCUCCCAUCUAAUGGCUGAAAUUGCUACAACAUUGGCACCCCCACAGGCAGCUCACCUAGCUGAAGCAGCCAAGGGCUGCUUCAAAGAUGAGGUGCUCCACCUUCUUACCAAGAAGCCAAUUAACUUCCAGGGCCAACAUUCCACUGCAGCACUGGGAAAUAACAUCACCAAUUACAUUAACUGUAAGCCAGAAGAAAAGGACGACACUGUUGAGAAGAUUUAGCUUGACCUAUUUUGAUAGAUCCUUGUCAGAAGCCCCUAUCUUAUAGGACUCAAAAUGAUUUCUCUCAAAAUCAAGUAACAGUCGUUUGUUUUAGUUGUUCAGUAGUAAACUGGAAUUC